UAGAUAUCGACGCCCAUCCAGCGCAGCCUUAGAAUGCGUCAUUUCUUCAAUUUCAAACAACAAUAUCCAAAAUCUCCCACUUGCAAUUUUCAAUUUCUGGUCAACGCCUCAUUUAUUCAUUCAUUCAUACAUAUACUAAUCUAAUAUCUGAAUCUCCUUACUCCUUCCUUCCAACCAUAAAUCAUGGACACUAAAACUACCGAAUUUUCAAAUCCUCUUUUAUUCAGAGGUAACGUUGAUUCACAACGGCAUGAUGAUAACGAUGACUCCUUUGAGGAACACAAACCGAGGCAACAUAACGCAACAACUUCUUCUCUACCACCACCUACUCUCACUCUCACCACUCUUGUUGCUGUUUUUGGUUCUUAUGUUUUUGGAACUGCGAUCGGCUAUUCUUCCCCUACUCAAUCUAGAAUCAUGAUUGACCUCAAUCUCAGUGUGGCUCAGUUUUCAAUGUUUGGUUCGAUAUUGACAAUUGGUGCUAUGAUUGGUGCCAUUGUGAGUGGUACAAUAGCAGAUUAUGUUGGUCGUCGUCUUGCCAUGGGAUUCUCACAGCUAUUCUGCAUCUUGGGAUGGCUUGCCAUAACAUUCUCUAAGGAUGUUUGGUGGCUUUACAUUGGAAGACUGUUGGUAGGAUGUGGGAUUGGCCUGCUAUCUUAUGUGGUACCAGUUUAUAUAGCAGAAAUAACACCCAAGAAUCUUCGAGGUGGUUUCACCACAGUUCAUCAGUUAAUGAUCUGCUGUGGGAUGUCAUUAACUUAUCUUAUUGGAGCAUACGCGAAUUGGAGGAUUUUAGCUCUAAUAGGAAUUAUUCCAUGUCUUGUACAGCUUCUGAGUCUUCCCUUUAUUCCUGAUUCUCCUAGGUGGCUGGCAAAGGUUGGCCGCUUGAAGGAGAGUGAUUCUUCUUUACAGCGCCUUAGGGGGAAGAAUGCUGAUGUUUAUAAAGAGGCCAAUGAAAUCAGAGAUUAUACAGAAGCCCUUCAGCAGCAAACAGAGGCCAGCAUUAUUGGCUUAUUUCAAAUGCAAUAUUUGAAGUCACUUACAGUAGGGGUUGGCUUGAUGAUACUACAACAGUUUGGAGGGAUUAAUGGCAUUGUUUUCUAUGCAAAUUCUAUAUUUAUCUCUGCUGGGUUCUCGGAGAGUAUUGGAACUAUAGCAAUGGUUGCUGUUAAGAUCCCAAUGACAACUUUAGGAGUAUUUUUGAUGGAUAAAUCUGGAAGACGACCACUUUUACUGUUGUCUGCAGUGGGAACUUGCUUAGGAUGCUUUCUCGCAGCCCUAUCAUUCUUCUUGCAGGACAUGCAUAAAUGGAAGGAAGUCAGUCCUGUUCUGGCGCUUGUUGGCGUACUGGUCUAUGUUGGAUCUUACUCGCUAGGCAUAGGAGCAAUUCCCUGGGUUAUAAUGUCUGAGAUAUUUCCUAUUAACGUGAAGGGCUCUGCUGGAAGCUUAGUAACCUUGAUUAACUGGUUGUGUUCUUGGAUUGUAUCAUAUACUUUUAACUUCCUCAUGACUUGGAGUUCAACAGGAACUUUCUUUGGAUUCGCUGUCAUAUGUGGCUUCACUGUUCUUUUUGUAGCAAAACUAGUUCCUGAGACCAAGGGACGUACACUAGAAGAAAUUCAAGCUUCUUUGAAUUCUAAUUCAACAAAGAGAUGAAUUCCAUUCCAUGUAUGAUAAACACAGUUAGAAAUUUUCAGAAAGUAGAAAAAUUGCAUUUGGCAAGUCUCACAAUAAUUAUUGCAAUAGUCCAUGAUUUACAAAUCCUUAGAAAUAGGUAAAUAUACCAAAAUAUCUUCAGUUGUUUUUCUAGAUUCUUUUGGGGAAUGGGGUUGUUAAGACAAGACUAUUAUAUGUAGUUUUGAAUCUUUAAUAUUGUACUCAAUUUGUUUGUGUGUAAAUUAUAUUGUAUAAUAUUUUUCCUUGCAAUAACUCUAUUCAAAAGUCCCCCACAAAAUAAUAUCAA